AUGCAAUGCGGCGCGACAAUGAUUCACUUGUACAACAAUAACAAGGGAAGAGACAAAUCAAUUUACGAAGGAGAAGAUGAAGAUGCAGAUGAAGAUCCAAGUUGGGGGCCAGUCAGCGAAAGGUCCAUUAUUGAACGGGACCUACUUCUGGAUCGAUUGAAAUCUAAGGCCAAGGUUACUCUUCUACCCAUGAGCCAAGCCAGGGAGAAAAGAGAGAAACUGAUCUGGGGAGGGGACAAAGGAGACAUGGGUUCACUUAAGGGUCGCUCGUGUCAUUGCGGAAUCCAAGCAUCGAGAAACUGUACUAUCGACAGAUUACCAGUACUAAAACGUUGUCAACCAAUAGGAUUCAAUAAGAUCCAAACUUCGACCAUUAUAAGAUGA